CACGAGUCAAACCAGCCCUAACUCGACCCCUAUAUAAACCCCGUCUCCCCACCGUUUGAGCCUUUCCUAUUCGCGUGAAAAAAGGUUGCCACUUUUUGCAGAGCUCGGAAACACUGCGGUCGCAACAAGGCGUCGAUCCACAGCUUCGUCUUCUGUGAUGCCUAGCAUGAACUCCGAUCCAGACGACUCGGAACCGUUUGUCGAGGUGGAUCCCACCGGCAGAUACGGCCGGUACAACGAGCUUCUCGGUUGUGGGGCAGUGAAAAAGGUAUACAGAGCCUUUGACCAGGAAGAAGGUAUAGAGGUGGCUUGGAACCAGGUCAAGCUUCGCUAUUUCUGCGAUGACCAAUCCACAAUCGACCGGCUAAACUCGGAGGUUCGGUUGCUAAGGACUCUGAAGAACAAGAACAUCAUUGCUCUGUACCAUGUGUGGAGGGACCAAGGGAAAAACACUUUGAAUUUCAUUACUGAAGUUUGCACCUCUGGUAAUCUGAGGGAUUACAGGAAGAAGCACAAGCAUGUUUCCAUGAAGGCUUUGAAGAAGUGGUCCAAGCAGAUUCUCAAGGGCUUGAAUUAUUUGCACACCCAUGAGCCGUGUAUUAUUCACCGGGAUCUGAAUUGUAGUAACGUGUUCAUCAAUGGCAACGUCGGUCAGGUGAAAAUUGGUGAUUUUGGUCUGGCCGCAACAGUAGGCAAGAACCACUCUGCGCAUUCAAUACUUGGAACGCCAGAAUUCAUGGCGCCGGAGCUGUACGAGGAGAACUACACCGAGUUAAUCGACAUAUACUCAUACGGUAUGUGUGUGCUCGAGAUGGUGACUCUGGAAGUACCCUACAGCGAGUGCGACAGCAUUGCAAAGAUAUACAAGAAGGUGACAGCCGGUGUGAGGCCCCGAGCCAUGGACAAGGUUAUGGACCCCGAAGUGAAGGCGUUCAUCGAGAGGUGCCUUGCCCAGCCGCGGGCCAGGCCUUCCGCUGCCGACCUACUCAGAGACCCGUUCUUUGAUGGCAUUAUUGUUGAUGAUGAUGAAAAUGACAUUGGAUUGUCCGCCUUGAGUUUAUAGAUUUUUUUGUUUUUUUGAAUAUUUGUCAAGUCAGAUUGUUGCUGAUUUUGGAGGGAUGUGGGGUGGGUAUGAUUCUUUAGGUUUUUUUUUUUUUUCCUUAUAUUGUUUUGGAUUGAAAAAAGCGAUAAAUUUGGGCAAGGGAAAAGCCGGGGUAGGGGGUUGUUGAAUUGUAAAUAGUAGAGUUUGUCACGCAAUUUCUAGUUUUGUGGGAAGAUUUGGGUAUUUUUUGGGACCAGGGGGAUUCCUGCAGUGUAUCAUCUCAAUCGUCCAUCUCAAUUCUCAACAAUUAAUUCGUAUGUCUUCA